CAUCAACAAUUCGGAAUAUCGUCUGUCAAUUAAAAUUCUGAUUCGAUUUUCUAAUUUCUCAGUUUUAAGUUACCACGCGAAGCUCUUCAACGGAAGAUCGAAUUCAACGUUUCUUCCACGGUUACAUUUCCUUGUCGCGUUGCAACGAGAGAAGGCUGAUCCAUAAACUAAAGGGGAGCGAAUUUAAUUAUGACACUCAUUUAGAGACGUUUUAAAGCGAAGGGAGGUUUGUAAACCUUCAUCAAUUAGCCAUAUUGAAGACAGAAAUCCCACUGAGACGGUGACUGAGAAGACUCGUUUUACACUCUUCAGAACCAUGAGUCUUGUGCGGUUUCUUCGUCUUCUCACACGACGGAGAGAGAUAGACAACGAUCUUUCUAACUCCCAGCUUCGCCGAUGCCUCGACGUCUUUGAUUUAACUUCCAUCGGGGUUGGAGCGACCGUGGGAGCGGGUUUGUACGUUGUUACCGGUCAGAUAGCCAGAGAUGUUGCCGGGCCAGCCAUUGUGUUGUCGUUCUUCGUUGCUGCCGUGGCAGCGUUCCUUUCAGGGAUUUGUUACGCAGAAUUCGGCUGCCGAAUAGUCAAAGCUGGUUCAGCCUAUGUUUACACCUACUCCUCUUUAGGUGAAAUAUGGGCUUUCAUAAUCGGCUGGAACAUGAUUCUAGAAUACGUGAUUGGAACAGCUUCGCUUGGCCGCGCAAGUAGCGAGUACAUCGACUCCAUUGCCGGGGGGGUGAUUCGAAAGUUCUUCGUCAACAACAUUGGAGAGUUUAAUGCAUCUGGCUUGGGUUCGUAUCCAGACUUUCUGGCUUUUGUUCUCGUUCUCGCGGUGUCCAUGAUCGUCGCCAGUGGCGCUAAACACUCAGCUGUGUUCAACAAAUGUGUGACCGCGGUAAACAUGCUUGUGAUCCUGUUCGUUUUGGCCGUUGGUUUGUUCCAUGUCGACCCCAGUAACUGGGCUGGCAGAAAUCAGUUCCUUCCAUUUGGUGUGUCCGGGGUACUAGCCGGUGCUGCAAGCUGUUUCUACUGCUUCGUUGGCUUCGAUGUGAUAGCAACGGCCAGUGAAGAAACCAUCAAUCCCAAACGCGCCAUCCCUCUGUCCAUCAUGUUGUGUCUCGUCAUCAGCUUCCUUGCCUACUUCGGUGUGGCAACCAUUCUGACACUGAUGGUGUCCUACGACAAGCUCGACAAGUUCGCUCCUUUACCAGAGGCUUUCAAGGCCGCCGGUGUCCCCGCAGCCAAGUAUAUCAUUGCAAUUGGAGGGCUCUGCGCUUUGGCAGGCUCGCUCAUGAGUGGUAUCUUCGCAGUCCCAAGGAUCAUGUAUUCCAUGGCCAGUGAUGGUCUUCUCUUCAAGUUUUUUGCCAAAAUCUAUCAGCGCACUAACGUCCCUCUGAUCUCGGUGGCCUUUGCAGGAGUACUGUCGGCUAUUCUGGCGCUACUGCUAGACCUAAAGCAACUGGUUGAGAUGCUGUCGAUCGGCACGUUACUUGCCUACACCCUCGUCUCCAUUUCAGUGCUCGUGUUGAGGUUCCAGCCUGGUGUUCAAGACGUCGAGUUCGACGAGGAUACUCCGAGCUCGGUACAAAGUUACAAGGUCAUGUGCUGCAAGAAGAUGCUACCGGAGUCGAAAGGCCCCGAUUAUAAGCCUUUAGAAAGCGUAACAGACGAUAAGGAACAGGAAAACAAAUACAAGGAAGAACCAACCACCACCACAAGUCAGAUCGCCACGGCUGCCAUCUCCCUGCUGGUUGUGGCACUAUCCGGCUUCUGUGCGCUUCUGAUAGCAGGAUGGGGAGCGUUAGGUGACCAUAAGGCUUGGGCAAUCUUCACAGCCUGUUUUCUUGGCAUUCUUAUUAUUUUUGGCGUGGUGGUGAUGCAGCUACAACCCAAAAACAAUGCUAAAUUUCCUUUCAAGGUUCCCUGUGUACCAGUGCUUCCCAUCGCCAGCGUGGUGGUGAAUUUGUUCCUACUCCUCAAGUUGUCCGUAUGGACAUGGGUACGAUUCAGUGUUUGGAUGGUUCUAGGGUUUGUUAUCUACUUUGGUUAUGGAAUUAGAAACAGCGUGGAAGGAAAUCCAAAACAAGACAACAACGACAAUGAUUUCAUCCUACAAGGAACACCGGACUUUGAGCAAGACGUGCAAACAGUUCAACCCAGUCACGGAGCAACAGACGACAAAGUACCUUUAGAAGCAAGCUUCAGUGAACCUAGUUAGGAACAGUGAAAAUUAUAUUAUUGAUAUUAAAAUCGCAAAGUCUAUAACUCUACAGUCAGAUGCAAAAAACCCAAUUGGAAACACGUGUGGUUUGACGCGAUUUUAACCCCCCCGCAAAAACAUGGUCUGAGAUCCGCAACCAUCAAAAUUUUUAACUUUAGAAAGAAUGAUAGAGGAAAGUCUUUUUUUUUAUCAUUUAUUACUUUGUUCUUUUAAAAUAUAUAAAAUCCUCUCUCUAUAUAACUCGUCUCAACGGUUUUGCAUCUGAUGUGAGAUAUGGACUUCUGAAGAAUGAAUGUUUAAUUGUAAAUAACAAUUCUGGGAUCACGUUCUCAAAUGUUAAGUUCAGUUUCAAAUUAUGAGGAAAGUUCCAGAAAAUUAUUCUAAUUUGAGGCGAAUUUGCCGCAAAUGUAUUGUAAUCUGUAAAUGUUUUGGUCUUCGGCUACCCAUAGUAGCAAAGCAAUUCCCAGGGUUUGAUAUUAUUUAUUUUUCAAUUGUUAUCAUUGAGUUUGAAUUUAUGAACUUUACUCAGGAAGUUAUCUAAAAGUUACUGGUUAUGCUCGGACACAAAAGCUUUUCGUUAGUUUAAACUAAUUUUAAUAAUUAGAUUAUGAGCUCGAGAUUUCUACUACGCAUAGAAAUCGAGAGCGAAU